UUUUUUCCUACCAUGGUGUGGAAAUAAUGUCGAUUUGUGUUUGUGAGUGUGUGUGUUUGUGUGGUGGUGGAGGUUGAGGGCAUUGCAUGGGUUCUAGAAAUUUUCCUUGAAUAAUGUCUUGUUUUUAACAUUUUGUUAUGUUUUUAUGUAAAGCUCUUUGAGUGAAAUUGAUUUUUGAAAAAGUGCUAUACAAAUAAAGUUUGAUUGAAGACAUUUAUCAUGCUAUUGGAAGCAAUAUGACACAAUUUAGAUAAAACGGAUCACAUGAGCAAUUUUAUAAUGUUGUCUGCUUAAUCUUCUGUUUUCUGCAGUGCAAAUAACUAUAAUAUUUAACACAAAUAUCAAUGUGUUUCCCUGUUGUGUCUGAAUCGAUCAGUGAGCAGCAUUAACACAAAAAUAACACUCAAAUUGAUGGCAUUUAGAGAUAACCAACCCAAUAAUGUACUAGUUGUCCUGAUUUUUUUAUUUUUUUAUUUUAAACUUGGAUAAAACAAAGUGGUGAAGUUUCAGAUAAGAGGUUUUGUCUUUUUUGCCUGUGUCUUAACAUGAAGUUCCUCCUAUGAGUCUUGUAUAAAAUGUAUUUGCUUCAGUUCAUAAUGACAAUAAGUAACACAAUUGUGGUAAUGUGCUGUCAUUUUCAGGCUUGCUGGCCACAUACAUUGUCGCUUGAGGCCCAGAGCAGUUCCUCCAUUAGUUCUGGAAAAUGUUGAAGAAAUGAUUGCAGCAGAGGAUUUGCACGCAGAGUUUCAGUUUCCCCAAGAGGCAGAUUCUCAGUUCUCCUCAGAUGCCGACUUUGAGGAUUCUGAUGGCAGAAAUGCAAAGACCGGAAAGGUCACGCAGGCUGGCAGGAGAGGGAAGAAGAUGGGAGGAGACAAAUCUAAAGGUGGAGGAGCAGGGAGGGCCCCAGGAGUGGGUUGGGUGAAUGGUCAUCAUAAGGAGAAUGGGACAGACAUGAUGACCCUAUUUGAGAUGGUAAAAAUGGGAAAGAGUGCCACACAGGCUGUUGUGGAUGAUUGGAUUGAGGCCUACAAACAGGACAAAGACAACGCCCUGUUGGACUUAAUCAACUUCUUCAUCCAGUGCUCUGGCUGUAAAGGUGCUGUAAGCAGAGAGAUGUUCAGACACAUGCAGAACUCAGAGAUCAUCCGAAAAAUGACCGAGGAGUUUGAUGAGGACAGUGGAGACUAUCCAUUAACACUCUCAGGACCGCAGUGGAAGAAAUUCAGGAUAAACUUUUGCGACUUCAUCGCAGUACUCGUGCGGCAAUGUCAGUACAGCAUCAUUUAUGACGAGUAUAUGAUGGACACGGUCAUAUCACUACUCACUGGCCUUUCUGACUCACAGGUCAGAGCAUUCAGACACACAAGCACACUGGCAGCCAUGAAACUGAUGACAGCUCUGGUAAACGUUGCUUUGAACUUAAGCAUCAACAUGGACAACACGCAGAGACAGUAUGAAGCUGAAAGGAACAAAGUGAUUGCAAACAGGGCCAAUGACAGGUUGGAGCUGCUGUUACAAAAGCGAAAAGAGCUUCAAGAGAAUCAAGAUGAAAUUGAAAACAUGAUGAAUGCAGUUUUCAAGGCGGUGUUUGUUCACAGAUAUCGGGAUGCUAUUGCUGAAAUCCGAGCGAUAUGUAUUGAGGAGAUUGGAGUGUGGAUGAAGUUGUACAGUGAUGCCUUCCUCAACGACAGUUACCUAAAGUAUGUUGGCUGGACGAUGCACGAUAAACAAGGAGAGGUGCGGCUGAAGUGCCUGACCGCCCUGCAAGGUUUGUUCUACAGCAGAGAACUUGGCUCUCGACUGGAGCUCUUCACAAGCCGCUUCAAAGAUCGCAUUGUGUCUAUGACUCUGGACAAGGAAUAUGAUGUUGCAGUGCAGGCCAUUAAACUGCUGACUCUUGUCUUACAGAGCAGCGAGGAAAUUCUGACUGCAGAGGACUGUGAGAGCGUCUAUCAUCUGGUUUACUCAGCACACAGACCCAUCGCUGUUUCAGCAGGAGACUUUCUGUUCAAGAAGCUUUUUAGCCAUCGUGGUCCCAGUGAGGAAGGAUUACCCAGGAGGGGCAGACAGAGCCUUAACAGCAGCCUCAUAAAGACAACCAUCUUCUUCUUUUUGGAGAGUGAGCUACAUGAACACGGAGCAUACUUGGUUGAUAGUUUGUGGGAUUGCGCCUCAGAGCUGCUGAAAGACUGGGAGACCAUGAUUAGUUUGCUGCUGGAUGAACCUAUGCCCGGGGAGGAGGCCCUGAAUGAUCGGCAGGAGACCGCUCUGGUGGAAAUCAUGCUAUGCGCCAUUCGUCAAGCUUGUGAAUGUCAUCCUCCUGUCGGCAGAGGCACAGGGAAAAGGGUCCUGACUGCAAAGGAAAAGAAAAUGCAGUUGGAUGAAAGGACGAGAAUCACAGAGAUGUUUGCUGUUGCGUUGCCACUGUUAUUAGCAAAGUACUGCGUUGAUAUUGAUAAAGUGACCAAUUUGUUGCAAAUACCAAAAUACUUUGAUCUGGACAUCUACACAACUGGACGGUUAGAGAAGCAUUUAGAUGCCUUGCUGCGACAAAUCUGGGAAGUUAUGGAUAAGCACACAGACAGCGACGUCUUGGAGGCCUGUUCUACCACAUACCACUAUCUCUGUAAUGAGGAGUUCACCAUCUUCAACCGGGUGGACAUCGCCCGCUCACAACUGCUUGACGAGCUGCUGGAUAAGUUCAACAGACUCCUGGAGGACUUCCUUCAAGAGGGAGAAGAACCAGAUGAAGACGAUGCUUACCAGGUUCUAUCCACACUCAAGAAAAUCAGCGCUUUUCACAAUGCACAUGAUUUGUCAAAGUGGGAUCUCUUCACCAGCAACUACAGGCUCCUCAACACUGGUCUGCAGAACGGAGACAUGCCUGAACAGAUUGUGAUUCAUGCCAUGCAGUGCACACACUAUAUCAUCCUGUGGCAUCUUGCUAAGGUCUCCGAUGGUAGUUCAGUGAAGGGGGAUAUGGUGACACUAAGGAAACAAAUGAGAGCUUUCUGCUUGAUGUGUCAGCGCUACAUUAGUAGCAUCAACACUGCAGUCAAAGAGCAGGCCUUCACCAUUCUGUGUGAUUUGCUGCUGAUCUUCAGUCAUCAGAUUAUAUCAUCUGGCCGAGAACACCUAGAGGGUCUGAUUUAUACGCCAGACUCUUCUCUGCAGGCAGAGCUUCUUAACUUCAUUCUAGAUCAUGUUUUCAUUGAUCAGGAUGAUGACAACAACAGCACAGAUGGACAGCAAGAUGAUGAGGCCAGCAAAAUUGAGGCGUUGCACAAAAGGAGAAACCUUCUUGCUGCUUAUUGCAAAUUAAUCAUUUACAAUGUUGUGGAAAUAAACACUGGAGCAGAUAUAUUUAAACAGUACACAAAAUAUUACAAUGAUUAUGGAGACAUUAUCAAGGAAACGAUGAGCAAAACAAGACAAAUUGACAAGUUACAAUAUGCGAAGACGCUCAUAUUGAGCCUACAAAAGUUAUUCAAUGAAAUGUUAUCAGAAUUUGGAUUCACUUUCGACCGAUCAUCGUCAUCUUUCUGUGGAAUUAAAGAGCUUGCUCGUCGCUUCUCACUGACGUUCGGUUUGGACCAGUUGAAGACAAGAGAGGCCAUCGCCAUGCUACACAAAGAUGGAAUCGAGUUUGCGUUUAAAGUGCCUAGUCCUCAAGGAGAAGGCGGUCCACCCCUUCACCUUCCAUUUUUGGACAUCCUGUGUGAGUUUUCAAGCAAACUAAUUCGACAGGACAAGAGGACAGUUCACACGUACUUGGAGAGAUUCAUGACAUUUCAGAUGACUCUUCAGAGAGAGGACUGCUGGCUGCCCCUCAUCUCGUACAGGAACUCCCUACAGGCAGGAGGGGACGAUGACACCAUGUCGGUCAUCAGUGGGAUCAGUAGUCGAGGGUCCACAGUUCGGAGUAAGAAAUCCAAGCCAGCCACUGCUAGCAAAAGAAAAUUGCCUGAGGAGGAGAACAGCUGCAACAGCAGCGAUGCUGCCUGGAUGAACCGGGAGCAGAGCGUCUCAACGCCGAUGAUGAUGCAUUCGCCCCACCUCACUUCCACAGUCCUGAGAGAUCCAAAGAGGAUGAGGCCGGAGGAAAGCUGCACAGCUGCCUUCUUCAUGCCAACAGAGCAACACCACCAGCAGCCUGCAACCCCCCAGCAGCAGCCGCUCCAUCAGCACCAAGCUGCCAUUGAUUACAAUACACAGGUGACGUGGAUGCUGGCACAGAGGCAACAAGCUGAAGCUCGUCAGCACCAAGAACGGGUCAACAUGCACUACGCCAAGAUGAGAAAUCACAUGCAGCAAGCGAUUCGCAGAGGUCCUGGAUUAAUGGAGGAAGACGAAGAACCCAUUGUGGAAGAUGUGAUGAUGUCAUCAGAAGAUAUCAAUGAGGGCAUUGAUUUUGACACCAUGGAUAUUGAUCUGCCGGCAUCGAAGAAUCGCAGAGAAAGGACUGAGCUAAAGCCGGACUACUUUGAUCCUUCUUCCAUCAUGGAUGAUUCAGUUCUCAAUGUUCUAAUGUGAACUGGAUGACGGAGCGUCUGUCACUGAAAUUCCUGAAAGACCGUUCUCUGUGAAAGUCAGAAUGGAGUCAAAUGGACUGCUUCAAAUGGCUUGCCAGACACCGUUUGCCUCUUUUAAAACUUGUCAAAAUUGGAUGUACAGCUUUUGCUUGAUUGUUUUUUAAAAUUGUAUUCUACUUCUUACAUUAAACUCUUAUCAGGGUGCAGUCAGUCAGAAUCUGUUUCUGUGCUCUAACAGCAAAGCUUUUCGGGGGCGGGGCCUGUCUGUCAGCAAAAUCUGUUUGCAUUCAUCGUCUUUUAGGCUCAAAGAGUACCGGUAGCAACAGACCAAAAUUCAACAGUUUAUUGUAAAACCUUGAAAUCAUUUAUUUUGAUUCUAACAAAUUAUCACUGUUCAAAUAGAAAGAAAAAGAAAAUAUGUGAUGUUAAUAUCCUGUAGCCAUUUUAAUGGAGGAUAAACACAAAAAAUUAAGAUCUAGAAAUCUAAAAACUCUGCUUUUAUGAACUUUUUAAUAUGCUUAAUCGUUGUUUAAGACUUAGUAAUACUGCACUUUGUCACAAGAGUGAAAAAAAUACUCAGCUUGAAUCUUACAGCCAUAUAUAUCUAGAAAUAAUACGUCUGGAAUGCCUCUAAUCCUGUCUAAACAGGAAACUAAACAUUUUAAAGUUCUGUAAAUGCAGGAAUUAUUACAUGUAAAGGAGUCAGUGAUGUCGCUGUCACUCGUCGUAGCUGUAAAUUGCAGAUUUUUGGAUAUGGCAUGUGGCUUUUUAUAGACAUAUAUACACAGUUGAGUAAAAUGUGAGCUGGCGUGUAAAACUGUUCUAAGGCUUUGUCAUAACUAGUAUAAUACGGCAUUCUCAGAUUUUUAUUUGUGGUAUUUUUUUAGAGAAAUGUGUUUUGCUUUUAUACCCUAUAAUCCUUUUUAUUUAUAGAUAUUUUGUAAUGACAAUCAUGUAAAAUUGAAUGUUUCUAGUCAUUUCAUUUUACAGAUAUUGAGAUAAUCGUUUUUAAUGUAAAUGGGAAGGUGUUGCCAUAGGUACGACCAGCUCUUUCUAUUUUCCUCUUGUCUCUAUAAAGUAAAUGAGUGCAAACGUUUUACAUUAUUCAGAUGUACUUAACAGUUUCAUGCAUCCAGAAGCAUUUUAAAGAUUUAAUAGUCACGUUGCGACAUAAAAAUAUUGACUUCUAAACAUGCAUCUUGUCCUUUAUCACAAUUACUUUUUUAUUUUAUCGCUCGACAAUAUUGUCGUUACAAUAUUUAGGAUGGAUUUUUGAAUUUGGAAAAACAUUUUUUUGCUUGACAGUUUUGAUUUUCUUUCAUUAUAUAGUAUAUAUAUAUAUAUAUAUAUAUAUAUAUAUAUAUAUAUAUAUAUAUAGUGGACCCCAAAGUCUCCCAUGUCUACUAUAUUAUAAUGGCAUAAUAUAGGACUUCAGAUCUGUAGAAUUUUGUAAACUGUGCUUUUUCAUCUUUCUUUUCCUUUGUUUUGGACGUUUUACUAUGUAACAUUUAAAUAUUGUUUAAAAAAAACAAUUGAAGACUGAUUCCCUACAAGUAUGCAUUUAUUAAUUUGUCUCUUUUUUGAUUCAUGUGAAAUUGGUUCGCAGAAAUCCACAUCGUGUAACUAUUGUUUUAUUUCUGCUAGUAACAAAAGCCUAAUUCCAUUAAAGAUGUCGUUAAACUGGAGAGAAGAUGUAGUCUUAAACAUUAGCACAAUCAUGACAAGCAUACUUGUUAGGUAAACAAGAAUGAUGCAUCUAAGAAAUGCCUGUAAACAUGCAAUUUUUGAUUUGUUUUCCAAUAAACUUCUAAAACUGUGCAUAGAGUUGUAUGAUUGCACAUAUUUAAAUAUUUGCAUUUAUUAAAUUUGCUUUUAUUUGUUUUGCAAAGUGUCCACUGUAUUCAAUUUAUAUUUUGUAUGUAAGUUUAGAGAUGUAACACAUGCCAAAUAAACUCUCUAUAACAAUUGAA